UGAAAUGAUUGAUGAUUUAAUUUAAUUUAAAACAUUUUAAUCUAAUCACAAUCUAAUUGGCUGCAUAUCAUAUGAAAGCAAUGUCCGAACAUGGAAACAUAUCACUGCUAGGAAUAUGGUUCAAGUUAAAGUAAAAAAACCAAACGCCGUUUUGUUUGACAUUGCUGGCACUGUGGCCCGCGAAUCAUUUGUCGAAAAGCUAUUGAUACCCUAUUUCAAGGUCGCCUACCGUGUUUACCUCGAAAACAAUUGGUCCAAACCCGAAUGUGCAGAAGCAGUGAAGAAAUUGGCAGAAGCUGCCGAAAAAGAUUCGAAAGCCCCGAAAAUCCAGAUGGGAAGUUCAAAAAAAAACAACAGCCAAAGCAGCGUUAGUAGCUCAUCAAUGAAAAGUCCAAGCACCACUGUUUCGCGAAAUCGAAAAAAGGAUGCCAUCGAACAAGUCUGUCGUUACAUCCAGUACUGUAUGGACAAUGAGAAAGAGACCAAGGCGUAUGCUUUCUUCCGUUUCCAGGUCUGGUUCGAUGGCUAUGACCGCAACAAACUGUCCACACCCGUGUAUUCAGAUGUGGCCAUCACAGUGCAACGAUGGAAGAAUACGAAAGCAAUCAAACUGUACAUACUGUCCAAUGGUUGGGCCGAAGCAAGCCGAAAAUUCAUGUCGAAAACUUCGCAUGGAGAUCUUAACUUGGUCAUCGACGACCACUUUGACACAUCGAUCGGACCACUAUUAAACCCGGAAACAUUCACCAAAGUGGCAGCCAAAAUUGGUCAAAGUCUGGCCGACGUUAUCUUUCUAACGAAAUCGGCCGAACAAGGCAAAGCAGCCAAACAGGCCGGUAUGAAUGUCAUUCUGGUGUUGACACAUGGUCCCGCUGUUGAUCAAGCGUUGGAGAUUUGCCGCGACAUUCCCAUUGCACGAACAUUUACUGACAUUGAAUUUGUCUAGAGUUGCAAUUCAAUUGAUAAAAUGCUCAAUUUAAUCAUCAAA